CUUUGCAGAAAUUAAAGUGAAAGUUUGUCAGAAUAAAGCCUGAGCUGCCAUAGAAAAACACGUCCCUGUUCCUCCUGAAGACGAACUAAGUUCACAUUUUUCUUCCCAACAACAGACUCUGAUUCUGAGUUCAGACAUGUCUUCUAGCAGCAACCUGCGGUCUGAGGAUCAGUUCCUGUGCUCCAUCUGUCUGGAUGUCUUCACUGAUCCAGUCAGCACACCAUGUGGACACAACUUCUGCAAAGCCUGCAUCACUCAGCACUGGGAUGGAAAUGUUCUCUACAAUUGCCCUCUGUGCAAAGAACUUUUCACCUCUAGACCUCAGCUGAAGGUCAACACCUUCAUCAAAGAGAUGGUUGCUAAGUUCAGACGUGAAGCUCAGCAGGAAGCCAGCAGCAGCAGCAGCUCAGAGCAACAAGCUGCCAAACCAGGAGAAGUUCCCUGUGACGUCUGCACUGGAACCAAACUGAAGGCCCUGAAGUCCUGCCUGGUGUGUCUCCUCUCCUACUGUCAGACUCACCUGGAGCCUCAUCUGACAACUCCAGGUCUGAAGAAACAUCAGGUGAUGGAGCCUGUGGAGAACCUGGAGGACAGGAUGUGUCUGCAGCACGAUAAACCUCUGGAGCUGUUCUGUAGGACCGACCAGACAUGUGUCUGUUUGCUCUGUUCUGUUUUGGACCAUAAGAACCACGAGUUUGUUCCUCUGAGAGAAGAAACUGAAGGAAAGAAGGCAGAGCUGAGGAAGACAGAGGAUGAAGUUCAGAAGAUGAUCCAGAACAGACGAGUGAAGAUUCAGGAGAUCAAAGAGUCGGUGAAGAUCAGUAAAGAUGCUGCGGACCAUGAGAAAUUUGACGCAUCAUAUGAGGGGACUGUGGUGAGAGCUGUGGCUCAGCUGGAGGAGAAGAUCAGGGAGGAGAUGAAGAAGAUGAUGAAGGCUGAGAUGAAGAGGGUCCAGCAGUCUGCAGUGGAUGUGACUCUGGAUCCUGAUACAGCUCAUCCUGACCUCAUCCUGUCUGAUGAUGGAAAACAGGUGAAACAUGGAGAUGUUAAGAAGAAUCUACCAGACAAUCCAGAGAGAUUUUCUAAAUAUGCUAAUGUUUUAGGACGUCAGAGUUUCUCUUCAGGCAGAUUUUACUUUGAGGUUCAGGUUAAAGGAAAGACUAAGUGGACUUUGGGAGUGGCCAGAGAGUCCAUCAACAGGAAGGGAGAGAUUACAGUGAGACCUCAGAAUGGUUACUGGACUAUUGUGUUGAGGAAUAGCAAUGAGUACUCAGCUUGUGCAGAUUUUUUAGUCCGUCUCCAUCUCCAUCCUGCUCCUGAGAAGGUGGGGGUGUUUGUGGAUUAUGAGGAGGGUCUGGUCUCCUUCUAUGAUGUAGAUGCUGCAGCUCUGAUCUACUCCUUUACUGGCUGCUGCUUUACUCAGAAACUCUACCCAUUCUUCUGUCCCUGUCUUAAUGAUGGAGGUAAAAACUCUGCUCCUCUGAUCAUCUGUCCUGUUAAUCAGGCUGAUGGUUGAUCUGAUGAAGCUCCAUGAAGAAUAAAUCUAUUGGUGAAGAACCUCCAACCUGAGUGACUCUGUAGUAAAAUCCUAAUGUGUCUGAUUCCUCUCUGCUAUUCAUGCAUCAUCUCCAAGCUCAGCUCCAGACCCUCAGAUCUUCCAUCCAUCCAUCACUUCCUUCAUGCUUCCCUCUGAAUACAGGCAAUCAGUGGUUACAUCUGAAUCAGAACAGAUCAGUUAAUGAUUUAUGUUGGUGUUUCAGAGUAUAAGGCAGCAACAGGCAGCAGAUGCCAGAGAAAAUGUCUUCUUCUUCUUUGUCUU